AUGAAUAUCUCACAACCCAUCUCGUCGUCUGUAGAGACGGUCGAGUUCACAUUCCUCACCGAAGAGGAAAUCAGAGCAAUCUCUGUCAAGCGCGUCGAAAACGACAGCACCUUCGAUAACCUCCUCAAUCCCGUUCCAGGUGGUCUCUAUGACCCUGCCCUUGGCUCCUGGGGCGAUGCUCUUUGCGCAACGUGCAACCUGAACCAGUCUUCCUGCCCCGGCCACGCCGGCCACAUCGAGCUUCCCGUGCCCGUAUACCACCCAAUUUUCCUCGACCAGGUCCUCCGCCUUCUUAGGUCGCAAUGUGUGUACUGUAAAGGUUUCCGCAUGCGCCACCGCGAAAUCAACCGUUACUCCUGCAAGCUCCGACUGCUGCAGCACGGUCUUCUACACGAUGCUCAUUUGGUCGACGCCAUCGGCGAGGACCUCAAAGGUCUUGCAAUGCCCGGAGUCCCUACCGACUACGACAGCGAGGCCGAAGAAGAGGGCACGUCCACUGUCGAUAAUGUUAUUGGCGCGCGCGAAGCAUUUGUCCGCCAGAAGCUCAAGUCACACAAGCUCAGCAUCGGCGAGGUCAAGAAGGGCAAGCAUGAAGGCUCGCUUGAGAUGAGGCGGGAGCUUAUCAAGGACUUCAUGACACAGAUUACCAAGCCCAAGAAGUGCGACAACUGUGGCGGCGUCUCACCUGCGUAUCGGAAGGACCGCUUUGUCAAGAUCUUUGAGAAGGCCCUCAGCGAGAAGGAUCUCGCCCAGAUGGCCCAGAGAAAUCUGCACAUCAAGGACUCGAUGGCGACCGCAAAGCGCGUCUCCAAGUCGAAGUCAAAGUACGGAAACGCCGACGAAGGUGUUGCAGAUGUUGACAUGGCUUCGUCUGAAGAAAACGACAUUGAAAUGCGAGAUGCCAGCAGCGGCGACGAGCAAGAGCCUAUGGACAAGGAGGAUGAGGUCCGCUUGGAUGCCGUCACCACUGCCCCAGGACAACAACGAUACAUCAGUGCGAUGGAAGUUCGGGCUCGUAUGCGAGAGCUGUUCGACAAAGAGCAGGAGAUUAUGUCUUUGAUUUACAACUCGAAACCGAUGACCAAGAAGGCAGCAAAGGUGUCUGCUGACAUGUUCUUCCUUCGAACCAUCCUUGUCCCACCGAACAAGUUCCGCCCUGAAGCUCGCACUGGCGACUCUCAAAUCUCCGAAGCCCAGCAGAACUCUCUGUAUAAGAUGAUCCUGCGAAAUUGCGGCAACAUUGCGAGAAUGCACCAGAAUGUAGGCGGUACGGAUCAAUACGGCAGAGCAAGAGACAUCAGCGAUCUGCAUCAGAUCUGGACGGAGUUGCAAGAGUCUGUCAACUCUUUGAUCGACAAGAGCAAGAACCCCGUGCAAGGCGCAGCUGCCAAGAGAAACGAGGACGGUAUUAAGCAAAAGCUGGAAAAGAAGGAGGGUCUCUUCCGAAAAAACAUGAUGGGCAAGCGUGUCAACUUUGCGGCUCGAAGUGUCAUCUCCCCUGAUCCCAAUAUCGAAACCAACGAGAUUGGUGUCCCCCCCGUCUUUGCUCGGAAGCUCACCUACCCUGAGCCGGUCACGAGCCAUAACUUCAGAGACAUGCAGCAAGCCGUCAUCAACGGUGUCGAUAAGUGGCCCGGUGCGGCGGCUAUCGAAUACGAGAACGGGCAGAUCGUCAAUCUGCGGUCUAAGUCUUCCGAUGAUCGUGUAUCCCUCGCCAACCAGCUUCUCGCACCCACCAACAAUCAGAUGAGCGGCAUGAAGAGCAAGAAGGUUUACCGUCACCUGACAAACGGUGACGUGGUCCUGAUGAACCGCCAGCCAACCCUGCACAAGCCCUCUAUCAUGGGUCAUCGUGUACGUGUGCUGCCUGGAGAAAAGACGAUUCGCAUGCACUACGCCAACUGCAACACCUACAACGCCGACUUCGACGGAGACGAGAUGAACAUGCAUUUCCCUCAAAACGAGGUCGCCAGAGCCGAGGCCCUACAGAUUGCGGACACAGACCAUCAAUACCUGUCAGGAACGGCAGGCAAGCCCCUUCGUGGUUUGAUUCAGGACCAUUUGUCAGUUUCCGUGGCGCUUUGUAACAAGGACACUUUCUUCGAUCGUGAUGCGUACCAGCAACUCAUCUACUCGGCCCUGCGCCCGGAGAGCGGUCAUAUUCUCGGCGAACGAAUUGAGCUCAUUCCUCCCGCCGUCAUCAAGCCAAUUCCCAGAUGGACCGGCAAACAAGUUGUCACCACCAUCCUGAAGAACAUCAAGCCGCCAAAUGGCGAAGGACUUUGGAUGACGGGCAAGAGUCAAGUCAAGGGCGCGCAGUGGGCUAAGGACUCUGAGGAGGGCGAUGUCCUGUUCCAGGACGGGCAGUUUCUUUCUGGCAUCCUCGACAAGGCCCAGCUCGGUCCCAGCUCAGGUGGUCUGAUCCAUGCCAUUCACGAAAUUUAUGGACCCGCGGUAGCAGGCAAGCUGCUCAGUGGUAUGGGUCGACUUCUCACAAGAUACUUGAACAUGCGAGCAUUUACUUGCGGUAUGGAUGAUCUCAGACUUACGCCCCAAGGCGAGGUAUCUCGCAGGGAAAAGCUGAAGGAAGCCAAGACUAUCGGUCUUCAAGUUGCAGCCAAGUACGUGUCGCUGGAGGACAAGACCCCCAACAGCACGGAUUCGGAGCUUCUUGCCCGCUUGGAGGAGGUCAUGCGCGACGAUACCAAGCAGGAAGGUCUCGAUAUGCUCAUGAACCACCGCGCCGGACAGGUCUCGAGCGCAGUUACAGCUGCAUGCUUGCCGAUUGGCUUGGUCAAGCAAUUCCCCAAAAACCAAAUGCAGGCCAUGACUACAUCUGGUGCCAAAGGUAGUCAAGUCAACGCCAACCUCAUCUCGUGCAACUUGGGACAGCAAGUUCUUGAGGGUAGGAGAGUUCCUCUUAUGGUCAGCGGAAAGUCCUUGCCCUGCUUCCGGCCCUUCGAGACAGACGUCCGCGCUGGUGGCUACAUUGUUCAGCGUUUCUUGACUGGAAUCCGACCCCAGGAAUAUUACUUCCAUCACAUGGCCGGUCGUGAAGGUCUGAUUGAUACCGCUGUCAAGACGUCUCGCUCCGGUUACCUUCAGAGAUGUAUCAUCAAGGGCAUGGAGGGCUUGACGGUGUCGUAUGACUCCACAGUUCGCGACGCAGACGGCACCUUGGUGCAGUUCCUGUACGGCGAGGACGGACUGGAUCCUACGAAGCAGAAGUACCUCACCGACUUCGGCUUCGUUCUCCGCAACAUCGGCUCCGAAACUGCCCAACUCAGCUUCGGUAACGAGUUCAAGGACAAGUUCGCCGGGAACAAGGACGACAUUAUCAAGCACAUGAAGAGCGCCAUCAAGCACUCCAAGGUCGAUAUCGCCGCCAAGGACCCCAUCAUCUCUCUCGUCAAUCCGGCAAGAGUGGCUUUCGCCACGUCUGAAAAGUUUUAUGAGAAGAUGGCAAAAUACGUCAAGGAGAACAAGGAUGGCCUCAUCAAAGACAAGUCCAAGGAGUCAUCUGGUUUAAUCAACGCCCCCGCCGUGAACAAGAGAUCUGCAGAGCUUGUCCUCGCGGCCAAGUACAUGCGGUCGCUGGUCGAGGCUGGCGAAGCUGUCGGUAUUGUGGCUGGCCAGAGUAUUGGUGAACCGUCAACACAGAUGACGCUGAAUACCUUCCAUUUGGCUGGUCACUCGGCUAAGAACGUCACGCUGGGCAUUCCUCGUCUCCGUGAAAUUCUCAUGACGGCCAGUCGAUCCAUCUCUACGCCGGCCAUGACUCUUCUCCUGCACGAGGAGCUCUCUGCCGCCGAGGGAGAAAUCUUUGCUAAGUCAAUCAGCGUCCUACCCUUGGCCGACGUGCUCGACACGGCCAAGGUCAACGAACGCAUUGGUAAAGGCAAUAACGGUGCUUUGGCCAAGCUCUACGAUGUGCGACUGAACUUCUUCCCCGCUGCAGAGUACACCAAGACGUAUGCCAUCGACACUUCCGACGUUAUGGAUGCAGUGGAGAAAAGGUUCCUCGAGCAUCUACUGAAGGCCAUGAAUAAGGAAAUCAAGAAGCGCCGCAGUGAAACCAGCUCAGCGACACCGGAGGUCGGAACCAGAUCUGGCGUCGUGGAAAUGGUAUCAGGUAACGGAGAGACGCGAUCUGGUGGAGAUGAUAACGACGAUGACGAUGACGACGGCGACGGUGACGCGACAAAUGCCAAGAACAAGUCGAAUCGGGAAGAGGCUGUUUCAUACGGCCCCAACGAUGAUGAGGAUGACGCCGUCCAGCGACAGAUGGACCGUGAGGGGUCCCCAGAAGAUGAGGGCUUCGGUGGUAGCCCGCCGCCAGGAACCAGGAACGACGGCUCGGGUGACGAGGAAGAGGAUGAUGACGAUUCGGACAGCGAGGGCAGUUUCAGAGCCGAGCGUGUGAAGCAAAAGUACCUUCGAGUCACAAAGUUCCGCAGCGACGACGCGGGCGAAUGGUGCGAGUUCACGCUCGAGUUCGAGGCAGACACCCCCAAGGUAUUGAUGCUCAAUAUCGUGCAAGCGGCGGUCAAGAAGUCAGUGGUCCAGCAGAUCCCCGGCGUCGGUUCAUGUACGUUCACGGACGCCCACAAGGUGACGGACCCCGCAACGGGCAAAGAAGUCUCGGUGCCGGCAAUCUACACGUCGGGAGCCAACCUCAGGGCGAUGCAAAAGUACGGCGACUUCAUCAACCCGAACAAGAUUGGAACCAACGAUAUUGCGGCCGUCCUGGAUGUGUAUGGUGUCGAGGCGUGCCGAAGCAACAUCGUCUCCGAGCUGGCUGGGGUUUUCGGAGGUCACGGUAUCAGUGUCGACAACAGACACUUGAAUCUCAUUGCCGAUUACAUGACCCGCAAUGGCGACUUCACGCCCUUCAAUCGUAACGGGCUGCGCGGCAACGUCAGCCCCUUCACCAAGAUGAGUUUCGAGACCACACUCUCCUUCUUGAAAGACGCCGUUCUCGACGGUGACUGGGAUGAUCUCAGAACGCCAAGCAGUCGCAUCGUCAUGGGUCGCCUGGGCAGGAUUGGUACGGGUGCGUUCGAUGUCUUGACGGCUUUGCCAACGCACCAUAUGUCAUCCCACAUGGACUAG